AUGGCUUUGGUUGAGAUAGAAUGUAAAGCCUCUUGGUCUUGGUUUCUUGAGGAAUUGAUGAGUGAUAUUGGGAGUGUUAAGGAGAUAGGGUGGACAUUUAUAUCAAAUAAACAGAUGGGGUUGGUUGAAACAUUUGCAGAGUUAUACCCUACUGUAAAUCACAAAUACUGCCUAAGACAUAUGUAUAGUAACUUCAAGACAAAAUACAGUGGUUGUGUGCUGAUAGACCUGUUCUGGAAAGCUACAUCAACUGGAAAUGUGCAUGAAUUCAAUUAUUGGAUGAAGAAAAUUGAAAAAGCUGAUCCUAAGACUGGAAAUAAGAAGACAACUAUGGAGUGGUUGAGGGAGACUGACCUUGCUUUGUGGGCAAGGUCACAUUUUUCUCCAAGGAGCAAAUGUGACAUCCUUGUAAACAAUUUGAGUGAGUCAUUCAAUUCUUACAUUCUAAAAGCUAGAAAGCUACCAAUAAUCUUCAUGUUUGAAUGGAUCAAAAGGAAAUUGAUGCAAAGGAUUCAAGUUAAAAAGGCUGGAAUGGCAAAAUACAGUGGUGAGAUUUCUCCCAAUAUUCAUGACAAACUUGAGAAGUUGAAGGUAGAAUCAAGGAACUACUUUGCAACUUGUCAUGUCAUCAGUGCUAUUCAAAUCAAUCAUGAGCAACUAGAAGCCUAUAUGCAUGAGUAUUACAGCAAGUCUAGGUACUUGGAUACUUAUGCAUUCAUAAUACACCCAGUUCCAGACAUGUAUAAGUAUGAGGAAAGCAGCCAGAAAUUGAAUUCACCAGAAAGAUUUACUAGUGGGCAAUCAUCUCAACCUGCAUCAACUCCUACUCCUACUCCAACAACAAACAUCCCAUCAAAUGAGUCCACAAAACUACCAACCCAUGGUGGAAAGACAUCAAGUGGUCUUGGCAAAGGACCUGAAAUCACAGUUGGUGGAAGGGGUAGAGAACUAAUUAAUGCAUCUGCAUCUGCAAUCAAUGUUGGAAGAACUGGAGUGAAUGCUAAUGUCAGAGGGCUUGUUGUGUCAAUAACUUCUGUGCUAGAGACAAUCAAAGCAAGGAGAUAG